AUGGCUGAGAAGAAGAGGCAGAAAGAACUGAUGGCUGAGGUUCAGAAGAUGCAGAAGAGGAGAGAAGAGAGAGCGCAGGAGAAGGCGCGGAGAGACGAGGAAAUUGUGAUGUUGCAGAGAGAAAGAGAUAGGGCUGAAUUUUGUAACUUGGAGAUGAAAGAAAGAGAGUUUCUUUUUGAACAGUAUAAAAUAAGGUCUAGGGUCCGGCUGCGCGAAGGGAGACCGAAGCCAAUUGAUAUUCUUAUUGUGUAUCUUGAUGAGUCUGAUAAAUUUGAUAAAUUUGAUGUCAGGGAGUUGGAUGAGCCGCCUUACAUGGUUUUCAAGGGCUUAAGUACUGUUAAAGAAUUUCAGGAGUUAAUUGAUGAUAUUAAACUGCAUCUUGAUCUUGACAGGGCGUCUACAUCGUCGGCUCAUGCGGAAUAUUGGGAGGCAUUGUUGGUGGUUUGCGAGUGGGAGUUGGCUGAAAUUAGGAAAAAAGAGGCAAUUGAUCAUCGAGUUGGACUCAGUGGUAUGCAUACGAAUGUUGAAAAAGACGUCAUAAACUACUUGGAAGGCAAGAGUUACAAAGAUUUGGUAGCACUUUUAACACAAAUUGAGUCAUUGAUGCUUACUGGAAGAGCGAUGGUGGUUGAGUAUUGGGAAGCUGUCCUUAAACAGCUUCACUUUUACAAGGCUAAGGCUUGUCUUAAUGAAAUUCAUACGAGUAGAAAUUUGCGCCGCCUUGAAGUACAGCAGGCUCUCCAAGAGAAAAACAUUCAACCUGUGGAGGGAAUCGAGGAAGAAGUUGAAGAUGCUCGGGAUGGUCCAUAUUCUCCUCGGCUCUUACAUGGUGAAGAUAAUGAGGAAGCAAUUGAUCCUGAUGAGGAUAGGGUAGUUUUGGAGAAGCGCUUGGGUGUUUUGGUUGAACAUAAAAGGUGGUUGAAAGAAGCAGGAAUGGCUUUAGAACCGCGUUCAAAGCCAGAGGAGGGUGACUUUGAGGUCAUGGCAAAGAAAGGAAGUAUGGGAGCCAUGGAGGAAGGUGACGUGGUUGUAGGUUCCGAUGCUGUAGUGAAUCUGGAUUCACAGGUGUAUGAUUGGCAUGACAUGUACCGCCCAAGAAAGCCCAAGUAUUUCAAUUAUGUUCAUACAAGUUAUGAAUGGAACAAGUAUAACCGGACACAUUACAGCCGUGAUAACCCUCCUCCCAAGUUUGUUCAAGGCUACAAGUUUAACGUAUUAUACCCACAUCUUAUCGACAGUUCUAAGGUUCCCAAGCCACUUGUUGAGAAAGAUGGGGACUCCACUGAGACUUGUAUUAUUAGAUUUCAAGCCGGGCCUCCUUAUGAAGACCUAACAUUCCGAAUUGUGCUUAAUGAGUGGGAGCUUUCCUGCAAAAGGGGUUUCAAAUGUACCUUUGAACAAGGCAUAUUACGUUUGUAUUUUAACUUCAAGCGGUAUGGUUAUCGACGAUAAGAAUGUAUUUGCUCCCAGUCACUCUGAACAUCCA